CUUUUUUGUCAUUCAUGUUUUCUUCUUAUUCCAAUCUAUCAGAACUAUCUCGGACGGCUGGUAUGAACCGUUUCUCUGCACUGCAGUCCACACCUUUACCUCAGCCUUCCAGCACCCCUCCACAGAACCCUGACUAUGACUCCAGAAGAACUCUGGGAAGCAGUCGGAACAACUCGGUCCGGGAACGUAGUGAAAAGCCGCUGAUCUCAGCCCAGCCUUCAUCUCGACCCGGUCCGUUCGUCAGAGGCAGCAGUUCCAAAGAGCUGCUUGAAACUCCAAACCCAGAGGAGCUGAGGAGAGACCGGGAGCGAGAGGGAGCAGAACCCCGGAGGCCGAGCGUCGCCGAGGAAAAAGCUGAACCGGAGCGAAGCAAAGUCAGGGAACCAGUGAAACCCGAGCCAGUGCUUCAAAAGCCAGACAGACCUGCACGAACGGAGGAGGAGAUCAAGAUGAAGUCAAAGUCCAUUAUUGAUGAGUUUCUGCACAUAAACGAUUACAAGGAGGCUAUCCAGUGUGUGGAUGAGCUGGACUUGGGCCCUCAGUUGCACAUCUUUGUGCGCAUCGGGGUGGAGUCCACCCUGGAGCGCAGUCAGAUCACACGGGACCACAUGGGCCAACUCCUCUUCCAGCUGGUGAAGCAGGAGAUUCUGCCUAAAGCCCAGUUGUACAGAGGGUUUGCAGACACGCUGGAGCUGGCUGAUGACAUGGCCAUCGACAUUCCCCACAUAUGGCUGUACCUGGCCGAGCUGCUCAGCCCUUUGCUGAAGGACGGAUGCUUCUCUAUGAGAGAGCUCUUCAGUGAAUUAAGCAAACCUUUGCUUCCUGUUGGAAGAGCCGGGAUCUUGAUAUCUGAAAUACUGCACCUACUAUGCAAACAAAUGAGCCAUAGGAAUGUGGGAUCGUUGUGGAGGGAAUGCGGCCUGAACUGGGCUGACCUUUUAGCCGAGGGGGAGGACGUCCAGGCUUUCAUCUCACAGCAGAAAUUCCAGUUCCUUCAACCAGAAGGUUCUGAGGAGGUGCAGACCAAAAGGAUCUUGUCUCCUGAGGAGCUGAGUCAGAAUAUAGAGAAACUCCUCCUGGAGGACAUGGCCAGUGAUGAGCAGAUCUUUGACUGGGUGGAGGCAAACCUGAACGAGUCUCAGGCGAGCUCAUCUCCCUUCCUGAGGGCUUUGAUGACGGCUGUGUGUAAAGCAGCAGUAAAAGAUGAGAACCCUAGCUGUCGCGUGGACACAGCCAUCAUCCAGAAGAGGUUGCCUGUUUUACUCAAGUACCUUAACUCAGACACUGAGCGACAGCUGCAAGCACUUUAUGCACUUCAGGCGCUGAUCGUUUCUCUAGAUCAGCCUCCAAACCUUCUCCGGAUGUUCUUUGACUGUCUGUACGACGAGGACGUAAUCUCGGAGGACGCUUUCUACAAGUGGGAGACGAGCAAGGACCCUGCCGAGCAGGACGGCAAAGGCGUUGCCCUCAAGUCCGUCACGGCUUUCUUCACCUGGCUGCGGGAAGCAGAGGAGGAGUCUGAGGACAAUUGACGAGGGCGAAUCCCGGGACACGGCGUUAUGGAAGGGCAUCCUAAACAGCAGAACAAAUUUCUAAAAUGGCUGCACGGACUGGGCGGCGUGUUUACGGCUGGAACUUCUUUUUUUUUUUUUUUUUUUUUCUCUCCGCCUGCGGUACAGUUCUGAAACAUACCGCCAUCUUCAGUUUGGAUUCCAACGGUGGAAGCACUAAAUACUGUAUCAUACAUAGAAAAUAUUUUUGUUUUAAAUUUUAACUUACUUUUUUUGUUACGUUUUUAAGAAGAGACUUAAAGAUACAUAGGUUCUGGACUCCUUAAUUUAUUAUUUUUUUAAGGACUGCAAAUAUGAAAAUUAUUUAACAUUUGCAGAUGCUCACAGUGAGAACGCAACAACAGAAAUAACAAUAUAAUUAUAAUAACAAAAUAAUUGAGGUAAAUAUCCUCCCUGCUUUUCACUCUGGAUGAGGACAGGGUAAGAGCGUCUUUAUUUUAGGUUGAAGGCGAAGCAGAAAGGAGAUAAUAAACGAGAACUCAUAACUCUGUGGUCAAAGGUCAUCUCGUUAUCACCAGGAAGCUAGUUCCCUCAGCCUCGACUCGGCCUGCGUUGGUAUGAACUCAACCGCCUCAAGUGAGGUAAAAUAUGCAUCCAGGUAAGAGAUGCAAAUCAGAACUGUUAAUGCGCAGAUGAACAAAGUGAAAAAGAACUAAAGUUCAGCAUCCAUCGCAAAGGCCAGGGUCGCUGCAAACAAGAUGCUUGUAAUUCUCAUGACCUUCGGAGCAGAUGAAAGCUUGUAAAUACAUUAAAGAUAAAAAAUGUAUUUAAAA